GGUGUUAAACAGCGCAGGACGCGGCCGCCAUUUUGUGAGGGAGCGAGAGGGGCAGCGCGGGGUGGUGGGAGCUCUGAGGGCGGGGGGGGUCGGAGGUUGACGGCGGAGCAGCAAGGGGUCGGUUCCGAGUGGCCCGUGUGUGUUGUCUCUGCUUGCGGGAGAACGGAACGGACUGAAGUCGCAGGACUUCUCCCUUGGAGCUUCUGUGCCGAGAAUCCGAUGUUGGGCUCGGCUCCCUGGCUGAAGACAGCACAUCAGCCCAUGAAAACUUCUAUUCCCAGCCAAAGGAAGGAGUCCGGCACAAGGCAGCACCUGUUCUUUCAGGCUUGGAAGCAAGAAAGGGGGCAAGAGUUGGAGGGUGUGGAAUCCGAGAAGACAACUGAGAGGUGACAUUAAAGUUGAAGAUGGGUGGUGGAGAAAGAUACAACAUUCCAGUUCCCCAGUCUAGAAAUACCACCAAGAACCAUCAACAACUUAAAAACAGGCAGAAGAACAAAGAGCAGAACUCGCAGGUGAAGACCUACAUGAAGAAGGAAAGAGGACACGGAGGCAGCUCAUCCCCUGGUGCAUGGCAGGCCAUGCAGAAAGGGGGCAAGAGCAACGUUCCCUUCCCCAGCAAUCCCAACUGGAGUCCUGCUCUAUCCAAUCACAACCUGUUGUUCACCCCCCAGAGCAACCAGAACUAUGCUGGAGCCAAGUUCAGCGAGCCACCCUCCCCAAGUGUUCUUCCUAAGCCUCCGAGCCACUGGGUACCUGUUUCUUUUAAACCUUCUGACAAAGAAAUUAUGACGUUUCAGCUGAAAACAUUACUAAAAGUCCAGGCUUGAGAUGUACCUUUUCCUUAUUUUUCAGAAGUGAUUUAAAUUGACAGGGUUUCAAAUCUGAGCAUUGUUAUUCCUAACUCCAGCUGCACGGGUGUGCAGAGCCAGGUGUUCUUGCUGCAUGUAGUUAGUCACUUGGAAGAGGGGUGGAAGUUUACAUUCCCCUCAUGUUUUACCUCAAAAAGUUCAGUGCUGUGUUCACGUCACUGUGAAAUAGGUAUUUUUCUCUAAAAUCAAUCAAAUCAAAUCUCGAACAGUCACCAUUUAUUGUAUUUAUUGUGAGAGUAAAUGGGACUGUCUCCCAGAAUUGGAAUUGUGAAUUUGAAUCAUUAGAAAACCAGCUCUUACCUAACUUAAUGCAGCAUGAACUGGAAAUAAAAAACCCGCACUGAAAGCUUUAGUUCAGGUUAUUUGCUGCUCUUCAGACUGGUGUCAAAUUGUGCUAAAGGAACACUCUGCAGAUUUGCUGAGCAGAAACCUCCCCCUGGGCACAAGGUGAAGCACAGAUGAUUCUCUUACCUGUACCUGGGAGCUUUGGUGGCACUCCUGGAGUGGGGGAUGAGCAUUUCAAACCCGUGACUCUUAAAGGGAUGGAAGAACUCCAGGCGGAUCCGUAAUGCCUUUCUCCAGCUCCAGCAGUGCUUCCCGGGAAUCUCCAGGAGUCAGAGUGCCAACUAAAGACUUUGCAUUGCCAGGUGACUGCCAAAAAACUCCCCCAAAUCCCUUGGAUGCCCACUGCACUGAGGAGUUCUAAACACAUUUUUCUAUCGGUUUUUAUAAUGCUAAAAAGUUGAGGUAGUUCCUUAGAUUGUUCUUAAUUGGUUCCCUUCUAAUAAUUGACAGUAGUUUGGGGCAGGUAUUCAGUGUUUUCACAGGGAAGACAGAGCCAUGUAAAUACAUGUAAAACAUUGUAGCAUAUGUAAAUUUAUGCUGGGCUUUCCUGCACAGAAGUAUUUUUAGUACAAAACUGCUGAAUGUAAGAUGACCAUGUUGAGUACGUGGCCUAGUUUAAAAAAAAAAUGUUAUUUUGUUUAAAAAAAAAAAGACAAAAAAAAAAGACAUUUGUGGCUGUGCCCUUGCACUUCACAUGCAGUGAAUAUGCACGUUGUAUUUGGUUGUGAGCUCAUUUUUUAAAGUAAAAUCAGUGCAAAAGAGGCUUAUUUAGAUUUUUUUAAUAAAAUAAAAUUUUAAAAAACUU